AUGCACCAUGUGAGAGCUCUUGGUUCCAUACGAAGACGACUGGCAUAUCCACGGCUCCAAAAACACACAUUUGAGCUGUACAGUCAACAUACUGGCUUUUCGUCCAUCUUCUCACGUUACGCACACUUUGGAGGAGUGCGGAAAGUGGGAGACGUCGAUAUCAGCGUGAAGAACACUAAGAAAAGUUUCAAUCCAAGACGUCGUUCUAAUUCUCUACGACAGAACUUGCAGCUUAAUCCCAGAAACGAGGCAGUACAUGAACCGAAGGCAGCGGAAAGUGCUCGCACCCAGAACGUGGGGCGCUUGCCAGAAGAGAAGUCUGAUGUUAGAGGUUCCCACCCAGUGUUGAUUGUUGAUGUGGCCAAUCUUGUUGGUGUCAUUCAGACUGACAAAUGGUUCAGCCAUGUCGUUGCUGGGAGAGAUUUGCAUCGAGACCUGCAGAAGGCUCUGAAACAAGAUCAAGCACGAACGACUGCUCAGCAAGACGAAUCAGAGAUCGUGCCCGAGCUUGAGGUCGUCUUAGUCUUCGAGAAACAGUUCCGAACUGGUGUGAAGGAGGGCAUCGCAACCAACGACAAAGUAUGGUUACGAGCUGUACACGCUACCAACACCAGUCGAUUGGUGCCCAAUGCAGGCGACGAUACCAUAGUUUCUCAGGCUGAAUGGGCACGAGAGGUCGGUCAGGAGGUCACAAUUGUGACCAAUGACAAGCAGCUUGGUAAACGACUGAGAUCUUUUGGAUGCCGGAUCCUGUCUUCAGACGAAUUUGCGCAGCUGAUGAGUAAAAAAUCCUUGUCGAAUAUUGACUAUAAAGAACCAUUUCUGGAACGACUUCAGAAAAUGUUGGCUGAAUGUGCGGAUUGA